GUUCGACUGUUCGGUGCACCCCAUAAUACGUGUACCUUCAUCUUUCUGUAUCUCUCGGUAAAGGUGACAUAGCAGCGGCCGCAGGAACUGUAGCAGAGAGCAACUAGAGAGAGAGAUAGCGGCGGGUGUUCGAGGCGAAGCUCGUUUACUGUGCAGGCUAGCCUUGGGUUGGUGUGAAUCGGGAGAGAGAGGAAAAUGGUGGACUUGGGUCGGGUGCAGAAGGAGCUGCAAGAGUGCAACAGAAACGUGCAGGUUUCGGGCAUACAGGUCACUCCCAGCGGCGAUAGCUUAACCCAUCUCAACGGCACCAUUCCUGGACCUGUCGGUACUCCCUAUGAAGGGGGCAUUUUUAAGAUCGACAUAAUUCUGCCUGAUGGGUACCCAUUUGAACCUCCAAAGAUGAAAUUUACCACAAAAGUCUGGCACCCCAAUAUAAGUAGUCAAAGUGGAGCAAUAUGCCUAGACAUCCUGAAAGACCAGUGGAGCCCAGCACUUACUCUAAAGACUGCGCUCCUUUCUAUACAAGCACUGCUCUCUGCUCCUGAACCAGAUGAUCCACAGGAUGCAGUGGUUGCAGAACAGUAUCUGAGAGAUCACAACACCUUUCUUGGCACUGCUCGGUACUGGACAGAUGCUUUUGCCAAACCCUCUCUCGGACUUGAUGAAAAGGUGCACAGACUUGUGGAGAUGGGGUUCCCUGAAGCCCAGGUUAGGAGUACUCUGGAACUUGUAGAUGGAGAUGAAAACUCCGCUCUUGAAAGGCUUUGCUCGGGCUAGUUCCUUUACUGCUGCUAGAUAUGCAACCUAGAUGUGGGGGGAUAGAAACAAAAAACAAAAAUAGAGAGAAAAGUGUUCGAUGAAUAUUGUAAGCAUUUGUAGCCCUUGGGUCUAAAAUUAUGUAGUCUUUUGCCCUUGUUCUCUCCUGCACCGAUCUUAUGUCACCAAUAUCAUAUCAUAGUCUAACAAAGCGUUCAUUUUUCAGGUAACGU